GAGUACGGAGUAGUGGCCAUUGGUUUGGAUGAGUUUGGAGUAGUGGCCAUUGGUUGGGAUGAGCAUGGAGUAGUGGCCAUUGGUUGGGAUGAGUACGGAGUAGUGGCCAUUGGUUGGGAUGAGUACGGAGUAGUGGCCAUUGGUUGGGAUGAGUAUGGAGUAGUGGCCAUUGGUUGGGAUGAGUACGGGAGUAGUGGCCAUUGGUUGGGAUGAAUACGGAUGGCCAUUGGUUGGGAUGAGUACGGAGUAGUGGCCAUUGGUUGGGAUGAGUACGGAGUAGUGGCCAUUGGUUGGGAUGAGUACGGAGUAGUGGCCAUUGGUUGGGAU